AUGCCAUUAUCAAAUGCCUUCUCCAAUGGCAAGCGAGGUCGUCUCCUGAUUUAUUACCACGGAAACGUUGAACAAAACAAGCUUGGCACAAACAAGCCGAUGUAG